GAAGAAUUCUAGAGCGUCUCAGAUGGGACAAGAUUCCUUAAAGGUUUGUGCCAGGUCCGAAAUAUACGGCUUGACAGCAGCCAUCAGUGCAGGAUACUAAUGUUAUAUUUUUGUUCGGGUCAUUGGCGAGUGUUGGAUUAUUCUGACUGAUCUCUCUUGGAUUUAUUUUAUUUGUGUAGGCUGCACAUUGCACAAAUGCAAUAAUCAAUGAUAAUCAACGCACAUCGCUGGACCUUGUCCGAGAAAAAAAGUCUGUCCAAGGAGUACACUUUCAUGAGCACAGCCAGAACUCCGUGCAUCGAGGAAUCAACGGGUGAUUUAAAGCUCAGCGACUAAAAUAAUCUAAACUCCUUAAUGUAAACAAAGAUAACCGUAAAAAUGCCAAGAUACUUCCGUUUAUUUUAAUAGGGGGGUCUUCAAACGUAGUUUGCUGUGAUUUCUGGAGUCAGAAAUUCAGUUCAGCUUAGUUCGGUCCAUUUGCAACAAAGGAAGAAAAAAAAGGAUACUGCGGUUUUGCGAAUGCAUCUAGACUAAAGUGCAUACAAACGCGAUGCUUUCGGCGUUCGUAUUGGCCUUGGUAUAUCUUACAUGUCAAACAAGAGUUGGGUUUGGAUGCCAGUUGCCUUCCGAAUGGAGACCGCUCAGCGAGGGAUGCCGAGCAGAGCUAGCAGAGAUCAUCGUGUAUGCCAAGGUGCUGGCCAUCCAUCAAGAGGCGUACAGCAGUAGCGCGUACAACUACCUGCCCUACCAGUACGAGGGCACGGAGGACGGGCUUUUCUACUCGGCGGAAAUAGAGCUGCAGUGCGACCAGGCGUGGGGCAGCAUGCUUGAGGUGCCCGCCGGGUCCCGUCUCAACCUUACGGGGCUGGGCUACUUCUCGUGCCACUCGCACACGGUGUUGCAGAAUAACUCCUACAUCUUCUUCCUCAGGAUGGAUGAAAAUUACAACAUCCUUCCACACGGAGUCAACUUCCAGGACGCCAUCUUCCCGGACACCCUGGAGAACCGCAGGACCUUCUCCAGUCUGUUCCAGUUCUCCAACUGCUCCCACAGCCAGGUCCUCCAAACCUUCAGCCCAGACUGGGAGACCCAGGAGGACAGCCGGCUCCUGUGCUCGUCGGUGCAGCUGGCUCUGUUUGAGGAAGAGGAGCGGGUGAGGAAGCUUCAGCAGCGCAUGGUGCAGCUGGAGAAGCGGAACAGGCAGCUGAAGGAGCGCGUGCGGAAGGUGAAGCGCUCGCUCCGGCAGGCGCGCAGGAGCGGCCAGCGCGCCGAGAGGGACAACAAGGAGCUGCGCAACAAAAUGGCUGCCACCCUCCGGCAGGCCGGGCACCACCUCAACGCCGUCGAGCAGGACGACUCGCCCCACCGCUACGCCACGGGGAAGUGAGCGAGGCCAGGAGGGGGGGGAGGGGGGGUCGCCUGGGUGCUCCCCAAAACGCCUCCCACCCUUCUCUUCCCUCUCCCCCCGGCAUCCGACCCAAGUCCAAGUUCCCAGACUUUUCUAGAAGGCUGCUGGGCGGUCUCUGUCCCUCCACAUUAUACAGACUAACAGAGCCCCCCCCCCUGGGGGAAAGAAGUCACAGUCCGCCCGUAUUAUUCUCGCCGCACGUCAGGGUUAUUUCUCUAUGUACGCCACACAGCUCGUGCGCUGCCUCUCUAUAAGUUGCUGAACAUAAUUGUUCUGCCACACAUUCAGCAUUAUUAAAGCUUUUUAUCUUCCUGCCUUUAAAAAUUGGAAAUGGCUGAACUUUCAAGUACACGCACUAAGGACCCCAUACAUUCACAAAGGCUGUUUUACAUUUUCUAGUUAAUUACAUUAAGUGGUAAAUGUUAUUAACAUAUUUUCAUGCUAAUUACUUAAAAUGUAAUUUGCUUUUUUUUUUUUUUACUCACCAAAAUAAAAGUGGGAUAUUUUAUUGA